GAAAGUAUAAAAACAGCUCGAAGCUUUCGCUUUCGCUUACAGAGCUCCCUUAAUAUUAGUUACGACUUCUGCAUUUAGGUCUGAGGUGCGGGUAGUUUCUCUACAGGUUUUGGAAACUUUAUCAUAUAACAUAACUGUAAUUAGGCCAAGAUAGCAGUUCAAACGUGAGCAGUAUGAGAAUACACUGUUGAUUGUCCUUUUGCUUGCAAGGUGGGAGCCUUAUUAAACUGUUUGAGCCGCUGUGCACGUGUCUCUGGCAUUUUGAAACUGAAGAGUGUUGUUCCUGUAAGACGCAGUAUGUGUUGAAGAUGGAAGAAGGAGCUAAGCUGCACCUGAAAGAGUGGCUCAUAACCCAGAUAGAGAGUGGGAGAUAUGAAGGACUGUGCUGGGAGGAUGAGGACAAAACUAUGUUCAGGAUCCCGUGGAAGCACGCAGCCAAGAAGGACUACAAACAGAUGGAGGAUGCAGCUCUGUUCAAGGCAUGGGCUGUGUACAAGGGCAAAUACAGGGAGGGGAGGGAUAAAGCUGACCCCACCAUGUGGAAGACCCGUCUCCGCUGUGCACUCAACAAGAGCACAGACUUUCAUGAGGUCCCUGAACGCAACCAGCUGGACAUCACAGAACCCUAUAAGGUCUAUUGCAUCCAGCAAGACAAUCCACCAAAAACAAAACUGGAAAUUAAGUCCUGUAUCCUGAGCAAAGAGUCUCCCCAAGCAAAUGAUCAAGUGACUGUCCAGGGGUCUCCAGAGAAACCCAGCUUUCUGGACAGACAGGUUCACUAUCAAAAAGAGUCAUUUAAAGCAAAAGAAGAAGAAGAAAAACCAGUGUCAGGGGAUCUGAUGAGGGAGCACAUGUACUGUGAGUUAAGAGAUAAAAAGCCUCAAAGUCAGGUCCCUAGUCCUAUCACCUUCUUCAGCCCGCUUACUAUAUCAGACUUUCGUAUGCAGGUGAUGUUGUUGUAUCAAGGCCAGAAGGUAAUGAAAGUGACCACCAAGAGCCCAGAUGGGUGCUUCAUUCUGCAAGGUCGUGUUCCCUUGGGAAAUGAACGGAUCUAUGGGCCCUGCAACGCCCAGCAGCUGUCGUUCCCUUCCCCGGCCUCUCUAUCCUUGCCAUCACACGUGGCUGAAACAAUGGCUCGCCUUCUUUGUCACCUGGAGAGAGGUGUGCUUUUAUGGGUGGCCCCAGAGGGGGUAUUCAUCAAGCGGUUCUGCCAGGGCAGGGUGUAUUGGAGUGGUCCCAUGGCCCUACACACUGACCGGCCCAACAAACUGGAGCGAGAAAAGACCUUCAAACUGCUUGAUAUACCCACAUUUCUCUCUGAGUUUCAGACCUGUUUGCAGGGAAAGGGACCCUCACCUUCCUGUGAGAUUGAGCUCUGCUUUGGAGAGGAGUAUCCAGACCCCAGUGUACCAAAAACCAGGAAGCUGAUCAUUGCACAGGUGGUGCCCUUGUUUGCAGUGGAACUGCUGCAGAAGUUCAACUUGGUAAAGACUGAGGAGAACCAGCUGACUCUCAGCUCCAACACACAGAGAGAGAAGAUGUAGGAAUGCUGGGAAAAGGCUACACUGAACAAUAUACAAGUAUAGUACUGAACCUUAAGAGCGGUGUAAAUACAUUCUGUUGUCAGUGGAAAUGUAUAUAUAUAAUUGUAGACCUACUUGCUUUGCAUAACAGUAAAUUUAAAGCAAUGUCCUUUAACUGUACCUUAUACAGAUUUUUUCUGUCCACUAUGCAGCUAAACCUGCAAGAGUUAAAGCAAAGUAAAGCAAACAUCUUGUUUAAACGAACAAACAAACCAUGUUAACAUAGUAUAAAUGUAAAGUUUUUUCUGAAUUAUUUAAUCUUAAUCCCAUAUUCAGCAUAUGUUUUACGUGACAGUUUAAUUGUACAGUAUUUUACAUACUUUACAUAUCCAGAGAAUAAAUUGACACCUUUAAUUAAAUCUA